GGGAAUGGGGAGGGGGUGGGGGACACACGCCACGAAGAGCCCGGAAUCCCCGGGGCUUUCAGUUCUGAUUUUCAUUAGAGGUGCGCGGAGCUUUGCAGCCAGAAGCGCUCGCUGCGAGCAAAUCCACGCGCGGGGGCCGCUCCGUAAUCCCCCGGCGCGGCUGCGGAGCGGAGAGCGCUGCGCUCCGCGCCCGGGGCCAUCCCCAGGAGGGUCCGGAGGGCAUCCCCAGCCCCCUGCCCGGGCGCACGUACCGCCGGCACCUCCGGAGCGGUGUCCCUGCCGCUCAUCCCCCGCCCGGGCACCCGCGGGGAUCCCCACGGCCGGGCCCCGCAGCCCCUCGGCGGGGCGGGGCGCGGGGGGAUGCGGCAUCCCGGCCGGCCCGGGGGAUGCUGCUGCUGCCUGCGCGGGGGCGCGGAGCAGGAGGGAUCCUCUUUGACGUCAAGCGACCAUAAUAUAAUGAUCGCUCGUUCAUAUCCGGGUCCCCGGGCGGCUCCCCCGGGCCGCGCUCGGUCGCGCUCGGCGGCGCAGUGAGGGGAGGAGGGUCGGGCAGGGCAGGGCAGGGCAGCCCGGAGGUGGCCGGCGGCGGCAGCGGCGCGGCGAGCGCAGCAUGCCCGCCGCUUCAGACGCUCCUGCCUCCCGCCGCCGCCGCCGCCGCUGCCGCUGCUGCCCAUGGAGAUCGCGCUGGUGACUCUGGAGAACGGCGGCACCACGGCCAUCGCGGGCGGCGAGGAUGCCACCGGCGGCCGGGCGCGCUGGCGGGGCAACUUGCUGCACCUGGCCGGCUCGCCGCCGCUGAGCGACGGCAAGGAGAGCGCCCCGCCGCCGCCACCGCCCGCGGGGGACGAGGAGCGGGAGCGGCCCCCGCCGGGUCCCCGCGCGGGCGGCCCCGAGCCGCGGGCGGCAGAGCCCCGCGCAGCCCCCGCGCCGCCGCCGCGGCCGCCGCCCCGCGCCCCGCGCCCCGCCGCGGACUCGGGGCCGUGCGAGGAAGGGGGACACCGCCGGGGCAUGGCCAUGGCAGCGGCGGGCGACGAGGAGGAGGAGGCGGCGGCCAACCCGGGCUCUAUGCACCACCAGCGGGUGCUGAUCAACAUCUCGGGGCUGCGCUUCGAGACGCAGCUGGGCACCCUCAACCAGUUCCCCGACACGCUGCUGGGGGACCCCGACAAGCGCAUUCGCUACUUCGACCCGCUCCGCAACGAGUACUUCUUCGACCGCAACCGGCCCAGCUUCGACGGCAUCCUCUACUUCUACCAGUCCGGGGGCAAGCUCCGCCGGCCCGUCAAUGUCUCCAUCGACGUUUUCGCCGACGAGAUCCGCUUCUACCAGCUGGGUGAGGAGGCCAUGGAGCGCUUCCGAGAGGACGAGGGCUUCAUCAAAGAGGAGGAGAAGCCCCUGCCCCGCAAUGAGUUCCAGCGCCAGGUCUGGCUCAUCUUUGAGUACCCCGAGAGCUCCAGCUCAGCCCGGGCCAUCGCCAUCGUCUCCGUGCUGGUCAUCCUCAUCUCCAUCAUCACCUUCUGCCUGGAGACCCUGCCCGAGUUCAGGGACGAAAGAGAGAUGCCCAUACCCCUGCCCCCGCAAGGUGGAGGUUUGAAUGGCACGCCCGGGGACUCCCCACCCAUGCAACCACCCAGCAGCCUGGCUGACCCCUUCUUCAUCAUCGAGACCACCUGUGUGAUCUGGUUCACCUUCGAGCUCCUCGUGCGCUUCUUCGCCUGCCCCAGCAAGCCCGAGUUCUCCCGCAACAUCAUGAACAUCAUCGACAUCGUGGCCAUCAUCCCCUACUUCAUCACCCUGGGCACCGAGCUGGCCCACGAGCAGCAGCAGCCCGGGGCUGGCAGUAGCAAUGGGGGUGGGGGCCAGCAGCAAGCCAUGUCCCUGGCCAUACUCAGAGUCAUCCGCCUGGUCAGAGUCUUCAGGAUCUUCAAGCUCUCCAGGCACUCCAAGGGGCUGCAGAUCUUGGGACAGACUUUGAAAGCCAGCAUGAGGGAGCUGGGCCUCCUCAUCUUCUUCCUCUUCAUCGGGGUGAUCCUCUUCUCCAGCGCUGUCUACUUUGCUGAGGCCGAUGACCCCGAGUCUCAUUUCUCCAGCAUUCCUGAUGCUUUCUGGUGGGCUGUGGUAACCAUGACUACUGUGGGCUAUGGGGACAUGAGACCUGUCACUGUGGGGGGCAAGAUUGUGGGCUCCUUGUGUGCCAUCGCGGGUGUGCUCACCAUUGCCCUGCCUGUCCCCGUCAUCGUGUCCAACUUCAACUACUUCUACCACCGAGAGACUGACCACGAGGAGCAGGCCGUCCUCAAAGAUGAACACAGUAGUGCUCAGGGCAGCACUGCAGGGGGAGAAGUGAAGAGAAGACCCAGUAAAAACUCUCUGAACAAAUCUGUUGUGCACUUGGAAAACAGUGAGGAGUUCAACAAUGGCACCAGCUCCUUAGAGAAAGCCAAUAUCAAAGCAAAAAGUAACGUAGAUCUCAGAAAAUCCCUCUAUGCGCUCUGUCUGGACACCAAUAGGGAAACAGACCUGUGAAGAGAGGAGACAGUUAGAGUUCAGAGGGGCAGAAGGAUUUCCUGGUGUCAGAGACUUGCUACUGUAAUUAUUCUUUUAGUACCAAUUAGUUUUUUAAGUCAGGCUGUAUUUUAUAAAUUGAUCUCUGUCCUGAGCAGUCCUCCAGGAAUACAUGUUUUUAUGUUCUUUUUCCAUGACACAAAGGGUCACCUAUUUUUAAAAUAGACUAAGAAUAAGCUACACUCCGUGAUGCAGGAGCUGGUAAAUUAUGACAGUGAAAAAUCUAAUUUGUAGAAACUUAUUUUAGCAAAUGGUCAUUGAUUUUGAAUGGGUCAUUUGUAACCAAUUCAGUUGCUCUGAGUUUAGUGUAAAGAACCGGGGGGAUGUGUGUGUGGAGAAUGAAUGGCUUGGGGAUGGGAGGGGGGAGGUUGAGGGGUUUUGUACUGUAGUUUCAAUUUGAAAUUAUUAAAAUAUAUUUUGUAUCUGUAUGACUGUAUUUAUGGUUGAAAGGAGAUUUCUUAUUCCUGUGAAAUAUGAUAUCAUUAAAGCACUAGGAACAUUAGCAAAUCAGCACUUUCUGAGUUUUCCACUAGUGAUCAGUACAGAUCUGGUUAUCUUGUAUGUGAAGUGAAUUUGGUGCUUUGAACCCUAGAGCAGAAAACUUCUGUUGUCAUUGAUAUGUUAGUUUCUUGUGAGCCUUAAAUUAUUAAAUAUUGUAGAUAUACUUCUUUAUAAAUAAUUUUAUUAGUUAUCUUCCUGUUUCAGAAUUUCUGAGUAACUCAGUCAUGUUCCUACUGGCCCCAUUCAAAAAAGUAUGUGCAGCUUUUCUUUUUUCUUUUUCUUUUUUUUUUUUUUUGUGGUUUUACAGUUUUAUAUCUUUGUUAUAUUUUUGAGACCUAAAGGAAAAAAAUGCACUGUCUGCUGCUACUGGUUUCAGUCCAGUGCACAACGGAUUGAAAGUGAUCUGAACAGAUUUUCAAGUGCACAACAGAUCAAAAACGUGAGGGAGUGGAUAGGUGCAAUGAGAAAGUAGAAUACUGAGUGCAAUAUCUGCAGAACUGUUCUCAUGGUACACUCCAGAUUCCUUGAGUGUGUGUAUCAGUCACCUUUAUGUAUGCACACACCAUUUGUGUACACAGUUCUCUGGUUUUAGUUCUCUCAGUUCUCAGAUGGCGCUUCAGGAGCCGAACGUGGCGUGCUGUGCUGCUCCAACAACCAUUGCCUGGCUUUUCUCUUGGACACGGAUGGAAAGCACCAUCUUUUCAUCAAAACACACCCCUGGUUCCUUCAAUUUCCAAACAAAACCUCAGUGCUGUGGAUUUUACAAUUGAGGUGUGGAGAGAAGAGUGACACAUUGCCUUCAUCAGGAUCACAGUUAACUCUGAAGACCAACACAAAGUUGCUCCUUUAGCUCAAAGAGCUUUCUUACAAUUUCUCUUGCAAAAGACAUCUCUGUUUUCCCCUCCAGCUUCUGUUGUAUUGCUGAAGGAUGUUUCAUGCCUUUCCCACGUCCUGUGGCACAGCAAGAAUAGCAGAGAAGAGAGUGCUUAAUUGUCAACAUCGCUCAAGAAGGAUUUGGCAGGCCCAGCAGUACACCGCAUUUUUGGAGAGUGUGGGGCGAGUUCUGCACUGAUUUACUGCACUGCAGAAUGUGGAAUCCAUUGGUGUUAGUCAGGGCAGAAACCUCAGUUGCUAUUCUGGUCCUUGCUAAAGGAAUGGCUCAGCUGCAGAACUGGAAUGAAACAUGGGACAGGCAGCAAAGGAUGUCUCCUCUGACUUGAACAUGGUCAGAACUGAGUCCCAGCAUGCCAGCUGCACUUUAUGUAUCUCCUUAUAUGUCCCAGUGUGGAAUUUAUCUUCGUCACAAAAGAAUGGUGCUGUGGCUCCAAAUCUCCUCUUCCUCCAUCAUUAAGAACUGCAGGCACCUUUUCCCAGUUCCAGCAUAAGUAAUGGAACCAAACCUCGUCAUGUGGUUUUAAUUCGAUUUUUUUUUUCCUCAGCAUUUUUCUUACUGAUAGUCAUACAAGUUCUCUUCAGUUAACUUGGAAUUAUAAAAAAUGGGUAGGGGUUCAAAGUAUGCUUAUAAUUAUAAGAAAUGUAUUUUUUCCCCAAAAAUGUUGUCUAUCAUCAACUAACCUUGUUUCUGAAUUAUUCCUGCAACAAAGACCAUCUCUGGAAAAAAAAAAGGAUAGCAUCAGAAAAAGACAAAUAUUAUGUAAAUCCAAAAUAUGAGCUAAGUUGAUAAGUGAUGUAACACAUUAGCACGCUGGAGAGAUUUGUAAUUGUCCAUAACUGUACUGCCAAAACACAGCUACAUAUUGGAGAGUGCAAAUCCCCUUUUGUAUAUCACUUAAUAUACAGCUUUGAUAUAGGAGUACAAAUCAAUACAUUUCCUUUGUAAUGAAAAAAUAUUUGUAAAACAAUUAAAAUUUUGGUCUGUGUACUGCA